GGGACGCCGGGGGACCCCCGCCCGGCCCGGCCCACGCGUGGGGCUGGCCCCGCCGCCCACGCAGCCCGAGCCGGCGGAGGGGCGGGGAGCGGCCGGACGCCCCUAAAUAUAGCGCGGGGUGAGGGGGGCGCGCCGCUCUCCUCAGCGCAGGGGCGGCAAGGCGGGAGCAGGCCCCGGCGGCGGGGCCUAGCGCGGCUCCCCUUCCCGAGGACGACCGGCGGCUGCCGUGAGGCCCGGCCGCGGCCUGCCGGCGGGUAAAAAAUGGCAUUUCAGAAGGCAGUGAAAGGAACUGCUCUCAUUGGAGGAGGUGCCAUAGCAACAGUUUUUGGCCUCUCUCAAUUUUCUCAGUAUAGAAACAAACACGGUGCCUUAGUGCAUGUUCAAGCUGCAGAAGCUGUGACUGUUCCAAUAACGAACCAUUUCCCCACGAGAGAACAACAACUUUUGGCGCUGCAAACCACCAGUGAAUUUGAUGUCCUUGUUAUAGGUGGCGGAGCAACAGGAUGUGGCUGUGCUUUAGAUGCAGUCACUAGAGGACUAAAAACAGCCCUUCUAGAAAGAGAUGAUUUCUCAUCAGGGACCAGCAGCCGGAGUACUAAAUUGAUCCAUGGUGGAGUGAGAUAUCUUCAGAAGGCCAUCAUGAAGUUGGAUUUUGAGCAGUACAAGAUGGUGAAAGAAGCACUUGAGGAACGCGCAAAUCUGCUUGAAAUCGCUCCUCACCUUUCAGCUCCUUUGCCGAUAAUGCUACCUGUUUACAAAUGGUGGCAGUUGCCAUACUACUGGCUUGGCAUAAAACUAUAUGACCUCGUGGCUGGAAGUCAAUGUCUGAAAAGUAGUUACGUCCUUAGCAAGUCACGAGCCUUGGAGCAUUUUCCAAUGCUACGCAAAGACGAGCUUGUCGGAGCUAUUGUCUACUACGACGGACAGCACAACGACGCCCGGAUGAACCUCGCCAUCGCCCUCACUGCUGCCAGGUACGGCGCUGCCAUCGCCAAUUACGCUGAAGUGCUGCGCUUGCUCAAGACGACAGACCCGGCCAGCGGGAAGGAGCGCGUGUGCGGGGUGCGCUGCAGGGACGUCUUAACAGGGCAGGAAUUUGAUGUCAAAGCCAAAUGCGUUAUCAAUGCUACGGGACCUUUCACAGACUCUGUGCGCAAAAUGGAUGAUCAGGAAGUACCCAACAUCUGCCAGCCGAGCGCAGGCGUGCACAUCGUGAUGCCUGGUUAUUACAGCCCUGAUAAUAUGGGUCUGCUUGACCCAGCCACCAGCGAUGGUAGAGUGAUUUUCUUCCUGCCGUGGGAGAAGAUGACGAUUGCAGGGACCACAGACAGCCCGACUGAUGUUACGUCCCAUCCCAUCCCAACAGAAGAAGACAUAAACUUCAUUCUGAAUGAAGUACGCAACUACCUUAGUGUUGAUGUUGAAGUAAGAAGAGGAGACGUGUUGGCAGCGUGGAGUGGCAUUCGUCCUCUGGUCACAGACCCCAACUCCAAAGACACACAGUCGAUAUCCCGGAAUCAUGUCGUGACCAUUAGCGACAGUGGUCUUGUCACAAUAGCAGGUGGGAAGUGGACAACCUACCGUGCCAUGGCCCAGGACACCAUUGAUGCAGCUAUUCAGGCGCAUGAUCUGAAGGCAGGUUCCAGUAGGACCAUUGGACUGCAGCUACAAGGGGCUGAGGACUGGAGUCCCACUCUCUACAUUAGGUUGGUCCAAGACUAUGGACUUGAAAGUGAGGUGGCUCAGCAUCUAGCUUCAACAUACGGUGACAAGGCUUUUGAGGUGGCCAAAAUAGCCCAAGUUACAGGAAAGAGAUGGCCUAUUGUUGGAAAACGUCUUGUAUCUGAAUUUCCUUAUAUUGAAGCUGAGGUUGUCUAUGGUGUUAAAGAGUAUGCCCGCACGGCAGUGGAUAUGAUUUCCCGACGUACUCGCCUGGCGUUUCUGAAUGUGCAGGCUGCAGAGGAAGCCCUGCCAAGAAUCGUAGAUAUAAUGGGGAAAGAACUUAACUGGAGUGAGCAGAAAAAGAAGGAGGAACUUGAAGCUGCUAGAAAAUUUCUCUAUUAUGAAAUGGGCUACAAAGUAAAAUCGGAUCAAUUAACAGACAGCUCCGAAAUCAGUCUAGUGCCUUCAGAUAUUGAAAGGUACAAGAAGCGAUUCCACAUGUUUGACAAGGACAAGAAAGGGUUUAUUACUAUACUGGAUGUGCAGCGUGUCUUGGAGAGCAUCAGCGUGCAAAUUGCUGAAAAUACACUUCAUGAUAUCCUCAAUGAAGUGGAUCUGAACAAAAACGGACAGGUUGAGCUCAAUGAGUUUCUGCAGCUCAUGAGCGCUAUUCAGAAGGGCCACGUCUCUGGAAGCCGGCUGGCUGUGCUCAUGAAGACUGCUGAGGAGAAUCUGCGCCAGAGGGUGGUGAUUCCGGUGGACCGGAGCGGUGGUGGACUCUGAGUUCCGACACAACCUGUGCUCGCAGCCACAGCCAACGGAGAUGCGUGGCCGCGCCUCUCUGCUGAACAACAUUCCAGUGCUUCGGAUUGUCCUUGCUUGGUCAAGAUGACCGGUAUCUAUUGGUGUAGCUCUUACAAAAAUACGAUGGUGCAUUUGUUUUCAUUAUUAAUGGCUUUCUGUGCAGCUCUUAACACUCCAGUACGUGGCCUUUUGGACUGGGUAUUGUUUAGACGUAGGAGUUUAUUAACGAGAGUUCAAGAAUACAGUCUAGAAUGAUUUGGGUGCUCACACAAGCACAUGUGCACAUACUGCCUUGUUCAUUAACUUUUAUAUCGCCUUUACCUUUAAAGAAAACGAUGCUCAAAGUGAAUCCUGCCGUUAAAUGUGUUGCGUUGAGUUUUGCAAAUGCACGUUUAGUAUUUAAAAGCUGCUGCUCUGUCCUCUUCGAGGAGGAGCAAGAGAGGGAAAGCUGAUGUUCUGGACUGGCGAUGGUAUCACAAAAGGAACUAAAGUGACGCUCCCUGAGGUAGUGAUGACGGUGAGGAACUGCCACAAGCCUUCCGUGGGUGGCUGGCUUUGCUCUUCCGAGCGCUCUCUUAUUUCAGUGGUACCAAUACGUGGCCAGGCGAAAAUAACAGCAGUACGAAGCUGAGAAACUGCAAGACGUCUUGAUUAAUCACCCAAGUUAAUAAUUUGGUUAAAAACUAGGGGACAGCUUUCCUUUCUCCCAUAUUAAUAAAAACAAGCUUCCUUUAAUAAAUGGCGUUGUCUCGCAGGUGGUGGUUCAUGCUGUAAAGCACUUCAUGCUGUUUCCCAUUUUGGACAAACACUAAUGAUACGUAGGAUAUGGCCGGGCUUUGAUAGCAUGAGUCUUAAUUGUUUAUUUAAAAACGCUAACGACAAAGUGAAACAAUGACAUUUGUUUUGCAUUCCAGUAACUCUUCUGUAAAGUGAAAGGGCUAUUUUUGAGCAGAUUAAUGGAGACAAACAAAAAUUAGGACCACUCUCUUGAGCUGUUUCCAGCGAUGCUGUGUCUGGCUAUUUGCCUUUCUGUUGUUAGGCUGACUUGGGCCACAGGCGGGUGGAGGAGUUCUGCCUAAUGUAGAGCACGGAAGGGGGAAACAUAAGAAUGGUUUAUUGAUUAAUUUGUCAUCCUGUUAUAGUUUGAGUAUGAAUACCAAUUUACAACUCAAAACAAGCCUCAGUUCUAAGGUGUCAGAAUUUCUACUUGUGUAAAAUCUGAUCUAUUUUAACUGAUGUGACCACUUCCACUAAUGGAAAAUAACAGCAACGAUUACUUCGGUAUUUUAAAAGGCAAAAUGACUGCAUACACGAAACGGAGAUGCUGAGGAAUGCGUGUAUGUAGCAUAGUCAGUACAGACGUGUUUGGCUGGAGAGGCAGAGUCCUUUAAAAAAAUGCAAAAUGAAAAAAUUCAGGUGUUUAGAAAUAGUAGAUACAAAAAAAAGGCAAACCUCAUUUCAAAUUCAUACACAGUUAUGGUUUUGUCAGUCCAAACAAUUGGGAGAAUCUGGAGGGAAGGAGACAGUUUCAGUAAAUGCCUUUCGGAUGGUUUUUGCAUGUUAUAAUUUUUUGAUGCUGCUUGUACCAAAACGCAGGUAUUGUUAGGGGGCUCUGGCUUUUUUGCUUCGAGUCCUGUGCUCGUGAGGCACGGCCUAUGGGAGCGAGGAGUUAGCGCAUUUGACAGCAUGGGAGUUCUUCCCUGAACAAAGGGUUUGUUUCGGUGGUCCUGCAAGCUUCUCUUUGGCGAAUAUGUUCCAGCAUAUUCAGGUAAAGUAUCUAAUGUGUGACAUGGCUUCGUACGUCCGAAACCCCUUGCAAACAAGAGCACAACAGCAGACUUUACAUAUGCUGCGGAUCUGGAGGGAAAUGAGUGUACAGUACGCAGGUUAUUUUGGCUCAGUGCGCAAGGUAAGGAAGGAAGGGGUUUAGGAUUCCACUGCUAACAAUUUAAUUUAGAACAAAAAAAAGAAAAAGUAAAAAUAAUGAGACCUUUUCCAGGCCACAUAAAGAAAAAAUAUUUACAAUAUUGAACAUCUUUUGUAUGGUUUAAAUGAGAAUUCUCCUACACUCCUCUAUAAAUGGCACUGUUAAGAAUUAAUAAUACAAGUUUACUUGUAAAGCCACAAUUUUCUUUGUACCCAACGUCUACUCUUUGUUCCCUUGCUGCAGUAAUAUUGCGUAGGGAACGUGACUUCGGGGUUUCUUGGCUGCGCGUGUGUCCUCUGAUACGAAUUUGCUUUGCAUCUUCGGCACUUUACUGUCGUGCUUCUCUGCUCUUUUGUACGGCACAGCAAGAUCUCGUGUGACUACCUUGUGUAAUGGGAGAAGAUUGCAUGUGUUACCUAAAACAGCUAAAUCUAUACGUGGAAAAAAACCCCUAGAAGUAUUUAUUUAUCAGCUCGCAUUUGUUUUCAGGAAUGUUGACUUUGUUGUUUGUUAUUUUGUUUGGUUUUUUUCAUGUGAAUGUACUGUAGAAAGAGUUGUAAAAUGUCACUGUCUUGCAUUGUUCUGAUCCUAGGUGGAAAAGCAGUAAUGUGAUUUCUUUUUCUCUUUAUAUUUUUUCUUUUUUUUUUUUUCCUUUUGAGGUGGGAGUUGGAUUUCUCAACGGGUGUUUAUUUUGUGUUUUAAAUGAACUGCACGCCCUGGGGGGAGGGCACGCGUGCACGUGCAGCGUGUUUGUGUAUGCGUGUAUAAACACGGGUGUAGAUACGUACACGGAUGUACAGACACCGCCGCUUUUACACGUGGCACUUGCAUAUUUUGUUAGGCUGCUGUUCUAGACUGAACUGUUAAAUACUGUGUUUGAGGCUGGGUUGUCAUUUUUAUAACUGUCUCGGUGUUUUACUGCCAUUAUUUAUUACUUUUGAUAUUCAGAAUGAGCCGCAUGCAUUUAUAGAGCAAUAAGAGGAUGUAUUUAAUGUGCCUUGUUUUUAACUGAGUAGGAACUGAAAGCAUGAAUCAAUAAAAGCGAUUAAAAGCGGU